AUAUACAUUCACUAUACGUACAUAUUAUAUAUACGUUAUAUUAUAUGUAUCGUUAUAAUAAUAUUUAAUUUGCACAAGUUACGGUAUACUACACUUAACGUACGUGAGAAAAACCAUUGAACGUUUGAAAGUUUAUUUUAUUUGAAUCACACAAUUAAUCUUUUAUUUGAAUCUUACGGUCCAUGUACUCCACACACACAUAACACACGUUUACAUGUAUACUUUGUCAGUAUGAUAAAUAGUUGAAUGUAUUUUAAAAAAAAAAAAAAAAAAAGAAAAAAAGAGAGAGAGAGAGAAUUCUGCUCUUGACAUUGAGGCCUUUUGAUGUUUUAUUUGCUAACCAAUAUUGAUUUUUCCUUUUUUCUCGAAAUGUUAUCGAUUAAUAUCGAUCAACGAGCUAUGGUCUUAUUUGAUGCAGAAAUGAUAUAAAUAAUAGUUUAAAAUUGUAAGUAUAACGAAUUAUGUACGAUUAAAAUUUACGGUUUAUAAAAGAAUUUAUGUGAUACCCGAAGGAGUUUCAGGUGUAUUUGCUGCAACAGAAGACUCGCAUUCUCCCGUUGUGUAUCCUGUUUGCAGGAGUAUUAAAUGAAGAAUCGUGCUUUCGCAUCCCCGUUACCUCAGAGUAGCGCCGAUCAAACCUGUUACCUUGGAUGCCUGCGUCUAUGGAAUGCAUUUUAUUCGUUUUUGACAAGAAAUCCUAACAUUAUACGCAACUUUGUCGCCAAAAUAUACAGGACGUACAGGACGUCCGAUAAUUUUCCUCAGGACCCGAUAAUUUUCUUCGGGGUAUCCGGGAUCCGUGGUGUGCAGGUAAAACGGCUGAAACUAAACAGAAAUGUCAUUUUGCAAAUUUCGCAAUAGAUAAUGAAGAAUUAAUUAAUUUGUAUGAGCUAAUGAUAUGAAGCUGGCUAUAUUGCCUAAGUAAAGAAGAAUAGCUUACUUGUGAAGAUCCUUCAGCAACGACGGAUAUCAACUGAUAACGAGAGGCAUGUUUCUUUUUGGCACGCAGCCGUAUACCGCUUGCUGCGUUACUUCGCCUUUAGAAAUCAGUUGAUGCUCAUUAUUGCUAGAUUUUCAGAAGUAAACUAUUUUUCUUUAUACAGAGUCCGGCUUACCGCUUCCUGCACGCUCAUUAGUUCAUGCGGAUUAAUUAAUUCCUCAUUAACUAUAGCGAAUUUUGCAAAAUAAUAAAUGUGACUUUUCUGUUCAGUUUCAUCCGUUAUAUUUGCAUAUCACGUAUUAGGUAUCAAGAAUCUCCCGGUGCGCUCCGUAUGCAGUUAUUCCGUACGAAUGAAUAAUUUACGAUUAAUUGUUAAGAAUUAACAAUCUCUUCACGCUAUUAUCUGAGAUUAACAAAAGGAUGGAGAAUUACAUUUACAAGUCGUCCGAGAAAACCCCUGUAGGUCUUCGACAAAUAAAGACAUUUUCUCGACUAUUUCCAGCGAUGUUUUUAGCUCAUUUUCGAAUGCUGUGAAAGAAAAGUUCCUCCGUUUCGCCAUGCGCGUCGCACCGUAUCCGAUAUGAUCUCCAUUAUCGAGAACCCUCGCCAGCCGUCGUUUUCGCGGCGCGUUUCCCCGCAUGUACUCAAUUCGCCUCUGUGUGAGAAAUAAAUAAUGCCGCGUACAAACAAUUCUGCGCCCCAAACAUUCCGCACCGACAAUAUACCACUGUUCUCAAGUUUCCCGCGCGGAUAAUCACGGGCGAAUACAUUCUUCUAACACUCUUCUCCCACCAAAUGCCUCCGCAAAUAUUAGAUUCGAAUGGCGAGCACCGCCGACGUUCCCGUGAACGAUGCAGCGACGACGCUGACGAAGACUCGGGAAGAAAAGUCGGCCGAGGCUAAGCGGAAGAGGAAACCUUCGGGGAAAGAUCGCAGAUGCGACUCGCACGCCUGCGACGCUUGUCUCAAGCGCUUCAAGAGCAAGUAUCUGUUGAAGCGACACAUGCUCACGCACGCGAGGUGCGAGCCGUGCGCGAAGAGCGAUUCCGCGCUCGCCGACGCGGUGCCGCGCAAUCAGGAGGCGCUCUCCUGCAUCAUCUGCGGCUUCCGCUGCAACAAAAGGUCCACGAUGAUCGCUCAUCUGGCCGAGAAGCAUGAGGAAACACCUGAUGUCGCCACCACCGUCAACGGCAGCAUCAGCACCGGUAGCAACGCCAUCAGCGUUGCUACGAGCGGCACGAGCAACGACAAGCCGCAGCUCAUAUGCAUCGUCUGCGGCGUGGUGUGCGCCCGUAAGGAGACCCUGAGGUCGCACUUCGUGCGCAAACACACCCAGCAUUACGGCUACUCGUGCGAGCACUGCGGCAAGAAGUUCAAGAUCAAGGGCGACCUCACCACGCACACCCGGCUGAACCAUCGCGAGUCGCCGGUGAUGUGCGACGUCUGCGGCAAGAGCUGCCGCAACAGCCACAGCCUGUACACCCAUCAGAAGCACGCCCACUACAAGGCGAAGUACGAGUGCCCGCUGUGCCAUCGGCGAUUGGUCACCCAGGAGAACCUGGACCAGCACGUUCUGACGCAACACGAGCGCAAAGAGAAGAGCGUGUGCGAGGAGUGCGGCAAGACCUUCUUCGAGAACUACGACCUGCGGAAGCACAUGAGGAUCCACACCGGUGACAAGCCCUACAGUUGCACCGUCUGCGCCCGGGCCUUCGCCCGGCAUAGCAGCCUCAGCCAGCACCUGCUGCUGCACACUGGCGAGCGCAUCUACGCCUGCGACGUCUGCGGCAAAUCCUUCGCACAGAAGGCCGGCCUCAUCUGUCACCGGAAGAUCCAUUCGGGCACGCUGCCGCCGUUACCGGUGAUACAUAUCGAUCACAUCCUCAAGGAGUUUGUUAAGAAAUGAAACUGUGCACGACGACGAUGAUGAUGGUGUGCCUUGUUUUUCGAGGAUUUUCGUUCGUUCUUUUUCUGUCUUCUUUCGUUUCUAUCUUCUGUUUUGUCUGGUUUAACUUGACGAGGUUAUUGGCUGUCGAUGACUUUGUCAGGCUUGCGAUUACCUGCGAUAGUGCACCAUCGAGCUUGACCGGUCGUUCUAUUGAGAAAUAAAACUGGCAGGUGGACUGAGCGCGGAAUAAUUGUUUGUAGCACGAUGUCGACGCGACACAUGUCAAAUGGAAAUGUCGAGUAGAAUCAACGAUUUAAAUUAAGGCCUAUUCAGGACGCGUAUCGAACGUCGAAUAUAUUUAUAUUUCUGAUAUUUAUAUUUCUGAUUAUCAAGUUUAAACGAUGUUGAAACACGCAUCACUCUCAGCGUGAAAUUCCACAAAUGUCGCGAAAUCCAGCGUUUGUAAUAUCUGGAUUCUCUUUAUUUGAAAAUCAGUCUGUGAUUAAAUUGUAUUUCCCUGAGAAGCCGAAGUCGGAGAGGUGUAAACAUACACACACACACACACACACACGCACGCACACGAACACACACAUACACGUUUAAAACAAUUGUGUAAUAAUUGUGCAAAAUUUGUUGUGAUAACGGUACUUGUACAUCUUAUAUCGUAAAAUCCGCUUGACUGUCAUCGAGAUCCUUAAGGGUUGCUACAUAGACUUAAAUCGACUCUAUGAAGGAUAUAUUAUUUAUAUAUAUGCGGUAUACAUUCAUAUACUUUAUAUAUUUUUGUUAUAUUUAUGUUCUAAAUAUUUCAUGCUUAGAACUCUUGGCUGUUUGUUUUCCUUUACUUAAUUUUCUACCGCUACGAUAUUAUAGGUUACUUCGAAAUAUGAUAAUUAUGAUAAAAACGCAUAUAUGUUUCUAAGAUUGUUACAUAAUAAAUACACUAUUGAUCAUACAUAUACCAGGCGUACGUAUGCAAUGAUACUUUACUCGAUUGCAAUUUUUUUUUAUUCAUGGAUUUUCCCUGUUUUAUGAUGGCAGUUUCGUAGCUAAUGCGGCUAUAACGCAACGGACUGCGAUGCUGAGACUGCGAGAAAGGUAGUUUUAGCAUUUCACUUGUGAGUACCUUGACUGAUCUGAUCUCUAUAGCUCUAAAUACACAUACGAUACGUUAAGUCAGAGACUUUCAUCUUGUAGAACCGUCGCGACGGUAAAUCGCCCGGGAGCGAUUUACAGAAUAGAUUUACAGCGGCACGUGAUCACUUCAGGUUCCCGUGGAUAACCGAUCUACCGCUUGGU